AUGAUCCGCCCCACGUCUACCGGAAGUCGAUCAUCGACCCACAUGACAUCGCACGCCACCUCCCCUCGUCCACCUCCCGCGCGCACCCCUCGCCAGUCCGAUCAGCCCUCCCCCAGCUCCACCCGCUUCGGCUCAUCGCCCGACAAAGUCGACCCCAACAAGUUUAUCGCUCCACAGGACCCUCUCAGUAACUUUCGUGCGGAUGCAGGGCGGAACUUUGCGCAAUCUCGCUCGCCCCCUGCGCCGACCACAUCGGACGAGGACAUGAUGGGCAUAGAGGAUAUCACGGCGAGCCAGUGGGAGGCUUGUCCGCCUGGACGGGAAGAGAAGGAAAGGUCGGGAUCAGUGGACUCGCUGGAAAUGGAGGAGAGAUACAGGCGAAGUACCCGGAUGGCACCGGUGUUUAUGAAGAAGAGGAAGGAAGCAGAGUCAGAUGGAAAGGAGGUCACCGAUCGAGGACGACGCACAGCCACCCCCGGUCCCUCAUCCACCCCGGCUCGACAUGUCCGCCUCUCCUCCCCAGAAUCCGCUACCGGUUCUGGCGCCGACCUGGACGCAUAUGACGUGACUAUGGUGGACGAUCGUAGUCCAGCAUCAUCGGGGGACAAACGAUCUCGUGUCAACUCCCCCAGGCAUAGAAAUGUGCCGGACGAGGAGGCAGAUGCAGAUGGGGAGGAAGGCGGAGAAGACGAAGAUGGAGAUGAGGAUGAGAGGGAGGGCGCUCGGAGGGCCGAGGGUGGAGGAUCCGAGGAGGAAGACUCUGAUCCGGAUGGAGAGGGAUUGGCGAAGUCGAGCGAUACGGAGAUGCCGCUUUCGACGUCCCAGGCCGCCGAUCAUAUCGAAGAGUCGGACGACGAGGACGAGGUGGCGAUCGCCUGGACCCCUUCCCCCACCUCACCCCGCUCUGCCGCCCGUCGUAAACGGACAUCUUCUCCCUCCACCCACAAGUCCAAAGCCACUCGUGAUACCGCUUCCCCUCCCUUCAUUGGCAGCUCCACCAACAAAAGUACCGUCGCCCGUCCAUCUGCCUCUCGAUCUGGUCCAUCGCGCUCCUCCAAACGGUCAGCAGCCGUCACUGCUCGUGCUCGGAAUCGGGCGUUCAUCGUCCUCUCGGACGGAGAGGAUGACGAGUACGACCCAUCUGUCGGCGGGGACCGCAAGGCGUUCACACGCGAGUACGAGCGGCAGGUCUUGAAGGAGGUGGACGAGCCGGAAGAGACAGACGGAAGCGAGGAUGACGAGGACGAGGGGGAAAGGGGAGGGCUGGAACCUUACGAGUCCCAGGAAGAAACCUUCGAGGAGGACGAGGACGAAAACUUCUGCAUGCUGGCCAGCCAACAACCCAUGCCGGUCAAAUCGGUCAGGGCAAAGCCUGCCCCGGUCGUCAACGCGCGAGCCGGUCCCUCUCGGCUCUCCAUGCCACCUCCGCCCGUACCCAAACCCAAAUCCAAACCCCCCGUCAAAAAGCCUGCCCCGCAGGACGAUGACAUGGAUGAGUACGACGACCUCCCUCUUGACUUCUUUGAUGGCGUCGACCUCGACCAGCUGGUCAGUAGCAAACCCUCCCACGGAUCCAAGACCGGUCCCUCGCCCAACCUCGAUAAUCUCUUCAGCCCCUCUCCACCCAGACGUCCAGCCCCCGCCAGAUCCACAUCCCGGGCACCCCUCAGUCCUCUCAUCCCCUCCAACUUCCAAUCCGCCCCGCGCACCGCUCCCAAGGGCAACCUGCUCCGUCAACUCGAUGCACUCGAGGACCGCUCCCACGACAACGGCGACGGCUCGGCGGAGAUUAUCGAGGACAUGGGCUAUAUGCCCGUCAGUCGAAUGCCGCCAAAGUGGCAGGACUUUUACAUGAAUCACUGGCGGCGCGGGGCGGACAAGUCGAAAGCCAAACAGCAACAGCGGACGGCAGAGUCGGAUGACGAGGAGGCGGGACCUCGAGCCUCGCCCGCCAAGAAGGCGAGGGUCACCAAGGCUGCGCGAGGAGGGGCGGCGGGAGGGACGCGGGGGCGGGGCAGAGGCGGAGGGCGGACGCUGGUCAGUCAUGAUGAUGUCGAGGAGGAUGAGGACGAUUAUGAGGGAGAUCUGGGUGGACCGAGUGCUCCUGCGAAGGCGACGAGGGGGAGAGGGUGGGGACGGGGCAGGGGAUGGGGUGGGUCAAGGCGGGGAGGGGGUGGGAGGAAGAGGGGCACGGCCAAGAAGCUUGCUGAUAACAACUCAUCAUGCAUGUCACCGCCACUCGCGCACAUCUGUUUCCUCUCCUAUCCGGACGCCAGCAAGAUGGUCAUCUACCUCUCGCUACUCCUUGUCGGCUGGCUCAGUCUCCGCGGAGUCUUGGGUGGUGGAAGCAGCGCCAUCCCUCGCGUGCUUUUCCGACACACGGACCCGAAGUUUGAAUGGCGGCUUUUCCGGACUCCAGUUGCGAUAGUACGCCGAGAGACCAGCGGCGGCCUCAGACAGAAGUCUCGGCCGGCUGUUGACCGCGUCAAGGAAGCCAUCGAGGUCGCUUCGGUCGACAUCCUUCGACACAAGCCCCGGCGGGCUUACCUUGAGCUCCUCGCCGAUGGAGCUGCCGGCAGGAGCAUCGUGCGCCGAAAAGAAAGAGGACACGUAUCUGGAAAAGAGAUAAUCGUAAAACCGCGUAUCAGUCUUCGACGCGGUAGUCUUCCGUACUUCGUUUCGUGCGCGAACUCCUGUUCCUGGGAGUCGGUCAUGCUUGUUGGAGGCUUUGGAAUGAAAGUGGUGAGGAGGAUGGGCGAAUGGUAA